AUGGAGCUCAAGCUUGUAUAUCGUGGGUUGCGUUCAAUUUCUAACUGGGUUCUUGGGUUCUAUUCGGAGGUUUAUGUUGACGGCGGCGACAAUGUACCGGGUUCAGGACCGCUCAUAGUUGUAUCAUGCCAUCACAAUGAGAUCCUGGAUAUUGCGACGCUCGCGGUGACGAUUCCACACCGGCGGCCUCUGUGUUUCUGGGCAAAAUCGUCACUCUUCAAAAAUCCUCUAGCACGAGCAAUACUGCUCUCAUCCGGGAGCAUCCCCGUCCACCGCAACCCAAACAAAGACGCACCUGGCGUUGGCGAUGGCUCGGAUCCAGAUAGGUCCCAUGCAGCGAAACAGGCGCUCUUUCGCGAAACUUUCCGCGUUCUCGACGCGAGCGAGGUUGUUGGCGUCUUCCCAGAAGGCACGAGUUACACAGAGCCUCAGAUCGCCCAGGUAAAGGAGGGCGCGGCAUGGGCUGCGCUGGAGUACGCAAGAUGGCGUAGGGGGCCCGGCCAAGGCGCAAGAUCCGAGAGCGUGGGGGACGGUGAUAGUGCUGAUUCCCCACUGCUUGUCGUCCCAGUAGGGAUAGUGCACACCGACAAGUCGCAUUUCCAGAGUCGCGUCUGCGUAAGGUGGGGCACGCCCAUCGAUGUUACUGAAUACGCGGAGCGGUAUCUGCAAGACACAGGUGGCGUUGAUGCCCCACGAGAGGUGGUUAGAGACCUGACGAGCGAGAUCGAACGCUCCAUGGUAGCACUGACCAUCAACGCCCCUGAUUGGGAUACCUUGCAUGCUGCAAGAAUGGCUAGAGACAUUCUCUUCGGGGAUAGCCAGAAUAUUCCCAUACAAGAGUUCGCCGAGAUCACUCAGAUCCUCGUUGAUGCAUUCUCUGGGCAUUCUUCACCGCAGGCACUUGUGGACACAAAGCGCGCACUCCUCACGUACUACUCCUUCCUGCAUUAUGCUGCGAUAUCCCAUGAUUCUCUCUCGGCUUCCCUGCCCACUCUUUACCAUAAUGAGAUUCCAUCUCGCGUGCAGGCUACCGCAAAUGUAGCUCGACAGCUUUCUAUUGCCGUGUUCCACCCGCGGCUCUUGAUCUUCCUCCCGGCUCUCGUUCUCCACCUUCCUGCAUAUCUACUCGGGAAUCUCGGAAAGCGCCUCCUCGCGAACAGACACGAAGAAGAAACGCACGCUCAGUACAAGGCGAUCUUCGGCGGGCUUGGUGCUGGGGUCAUGUAUGCUCUCGUGGGCGGGAAAGUGGCUCAGACCCUCGCCUCGCCCACGCUUCUCGAUAGAUUGAAGCAGGCAGCCUUUGGCGGAAGAGGACUUGAGGCUGCGGUAAUGGACUUGCUCCAUCGAGGUGCCUCGUGGUUAUCCGGAAAGGGACCAUUGAAUCGGGUCGCAUACGGAGCGUUCCUUCUGGUUGUCGUGUACGGGACGGCGUGUUUCCUGGCGAAGUGGCAUAACACAAUGGUAGGAAGCAAUUACAGACAAUUGAAGCAUGUGUUCGCGUCCAUCAAGAUCCUACUUGGUGUAUUCUCUCAUCCAUCAUCUGACCUCCCUCCGGAGAAACUCGCGCACUACUCUGUCCCACCACGUCCACCAGUCAAUCCGUUCAUCAAACGCCGUUGUCCGGCUCGGACAUUGCCAUCUGAUGGUGCUCAAGAUCCUACCGUUCGCCCUCCACACGCCGACGACCCAGCAGAAGUCAACUCUAUUCCGGCUUCUCACAAAUUCAUUCGGCCUCUGUUUUCUGCGCGGUGCGAAGCAGUUUUGGCACUUCGAGAGUACCUAGGUGGUCUCAAUGAUCAUGAGAGAAAUAACGGCGAACCGCCUUCUGGGGUAGUGGAUUCGUUACUUCUACAACUCAAUAAGCGCGGUGCAUGCAUAUGA